AUGAGAGCCAAGUGGAGAAAGAAGCGAGUUCGCCGCCUGAAGCGCAAGAGAAGAAAGACGAGAGCGAGAUCCGCCUUGUACGAUGGACGCACAAGCCACACCAGCAACCUACUGAACAGCGGCUGGGACGUGAAGGGCAACGAAAACGGCAUGGAACAGAAAGGAAACGCGUUUAUGAUGAAGGGCACCCAAAUGUUUUCUCUAACACCGGCUGAGCGACCUCCAGAUGGGAGACUGCCUUUGAGAGCUUUGGAAGGCCUGGCAGGGAAAUAG